GCCAUUCAGGUGAUUGAUUAGCAAUUUCUCCUCCUCCUCUGGGUGGAAAAUCCAAGCACCCACCUUUAACACCACCGCAAUAAUACCAAAUCUCAAUUCUCUCUCCUCCUUCCACAAACAAGCCUUUCAAUGGCGAAGCUUUGAAGUUCUCCGACAAAUUAGACAAAAAUGGCGGGGGCAAUAAAAAAAUACAAAAACUUGAAAUUGCGAGAAUCACUUUCUGUCUCCUACCGCUACCCAAUUGUUUGCAACGAGCUUGGCGUAAUUCUUCGGUUAGGUUACUCCAAAUCCCCUAAACCCCUUCAAUCUCUUAUUCUUGAAGAUACCAUCGCCGCCUUUCGCCUCCUUCCUCAAAUGCAGACACAAGGUGCUGUUUCAGCAGCUAAUCUUCUCAGCCAGAGUGCAGAAGCUGCUUUGCCAAAGCAGAAACGAGGUCUAGCAGCUACAGAAUUCAAGCAAGCAAAAGUUGCUUACAAGAGACGUUCCAAAACUCAGGUGGAAGAUAAAGAUGUUGGCCAAUUGCCUCAAGAUGUUCUUGUACAUCUCUUCAAUUUCCUGGAAAUGCCAACUUUAGUAACUGUUGGUAUGGUGUGCCGGUCGUGGAAUGAAGCAGCAGUUGACAACUACCUUUGGAAGUUCCAUUAUAACACCCAUUUUAGUGACUCGGAAAGUAUUCUAAAAAUGGAGGAUCGUCAAGAUGGUGUUACUGCGAAAGACAGGCAGCAUACAGCUUCAAAUGGUGAGAGUGAAGAUGUAAACUACGACUGGAAAGAUGCUUUCAGAAGAUUAUAUUUAGCCAUUCCAUCACGGAGAUACAAGUAUAACAGGGGAUAUUGUGGUCAGUGUCGUUCAAUUGUUUGGCUUAGUAACUUGAAAUGUCCUAAUAAACACUCGUCGAGGCGAGGUUCUGGAGGUCAGCUACUGAAGCCUUUAUCGCCUAGCCAGAUUGUCAGAUACAUUUUAGAUGAUACUUAUUGGUUGAUAUAUUCUUCAGAUACUGAUGAUGACGAUAGUGAAUCAGAUGAAGUUCCUUGUACUCGGUUUUGGAUGCUGUAGAAGAUGGAUAUGUCUAUCUGAGAUCGGCUUCUUUAUUAUUGUACCGAGUAUUAUAUACGGAAUAUAUAUUCCCUAUAGAAAUACGAGUAGGAUAAAAUGGUUGUAUAACAAAUUCAAUCUGUUUUUAUUUAUACAACAUUUAGCAAUUCCUGGGAACCCAUUCUUAAAUGGACUUGGUCCACGCUAAAUUUAUUGUGGACCAUGUCUUAAAAUAAAGUCAACAACUUGUUCCUAAUU